GGCAGGUGACGGACUGACGCCUGGCCGCAGAGCUCCGGGCCGGCGGCGGGUUUCGCUCACACCGGCCGGUUUGGUGUGGGACGCGAGCGGACCGGGGACCCGUGGUCUAGGCGAGUCGUCUUUUCCCAGCCUCCCGCCGUGGAAGCUCGUCCCGCUGGGGGACCAGGGUCUCUGCGAGUUCGGCGUCGGGGAGAAGGCGCGGCUCCCCUCAGCGUGCCGGCCGUGCUCGGUCGCUCCGGAAAGGCUAGGCUGAGCGAGGAGGAACAGGCCCCAAGCUUCGAGGGCUUCGGGCCGGGACCCGAGGAGGAUGAGCUGGCUCUUUCCCCUGGCUAAGAGCGCGUCAUCCUCCGCUGCCGGGUCCCCCGCCGGCCUCACGAGUCUCCAGCAGCAGAAGCAGCGGCUGAUCGAGUCGCUCCGGAACUCCCACUCCAGUAUAGCUGAAAUACAAAAAGAUGUAGAAUACAGACUGCCAUUCACAGUAAACAACCUAACAAUUAACAUUAAUAUAUUACUUCCUCCACAAUUUCCUCAGGAAAAACCAGUGAUUAGUGUUUAUCCACCAAUAAGACAUCACUUAAUGGAUAAUCAAGGAUUGUAUGUUACCUCUCCAUUAGUAAGCAAUUUUACAAUGCACUCAGAUCUUGGAAAAAUUAUUCAAAGUCUUUUGGAUGAGUUCUGGAAGAAUCCUCCAGUUUUAGCUCCUACUUCAACAGCAUUUCCAUACCUGUAUAGUAAUCCAGGUGGAAUGCCUCCUUACCCUUCUCAAGGUUUUCCAUUUCUUCCUCCAUAUCCUCCACAAGAAGCUAAUAGGAAUAUCGCAUCUUUGUCUGUAGCUGACACUGUUUCUUCUUCAACCACAAGUUAUACCGGAGCCAAGCCAGUGGCUCCUUCAUUUGGCAUCCUUUCAAGUCUGCCAUUACCUGUUCCCACGACAGAAUCUUUAGCACCGAUUAACCAAAAUGGUUUUGGUUAUAAGAUGCCGGAUAUCCCUGAUGCAUUUCCAGAACUUUCAGAACUAAGUGUGUCUCAGCUCACAGACAUGAAUGAACAGGAGGAUGUGUUACUAGAACAGUUCCUGACAUUGCCACAACUAACGCAAAUUAUUACUGACAAGGAAGACCUGGUAAAAAGUAUCGAGGAAUUAGCCAGAAAAAAUCUCCUUUUGGAGCAUAGCUUGGAAACCAAAAGGCAGACCGUUUUAGAUAAGUAUGAAUUACUUAUACAAAUGAAAUCUACCUUUGAAAAGAAGAUGCAAAGACAACAUGAACUCAGUGAGAGUUGUAGUGCAAGUGCCCUCCAGGCAAGAUUGAAAGUAGCUGCACAUGAAGCUGAGGAAGAGUCGGAUAACAUUGCUGAGGAGUUCUUGGAGGGAAAAACUGAAAUAGAUGAUUUUCUCAGUAGCUUCAAGGAAAAGAGAACAAUUUGCCACUGUAGAAGAGCUAAAGAAGAGAAGCUUCACCAGAUUUUCCUGAAAACAUGAAUCAAGAAAGAAAUGGGACACAAAACUAAGCACAUUGUUUGAUAUUUAUGACUUAAGAAUUGGCAUUUCAUGACCAUGGCUGAACUCCAGAUGCACUCUAUAGAUUGUAUACAUAACUGAGACUGAUUUUGUAUAGAUUAGAAUGACUGCUAUAUUUGUUUUGAGAAAUAUUUCUGCACUAUUUGCACUAAAAAUGUUUAUUGUUGACAAAUCCUGUAUUUAAGUUCCUCUACUAUUCCUAAUUAAACGUCUGUGCAUGUGAUUCCAGCUAGUUUUAUAUUUUAUAAAACUGACCAACAUUUGUAGUUUUAACUUGGAGUUCCUCAUUUCUUUAUCAAGAAUGGUUAUUACUUAGAUUCUCUUCUUGUCACCCCACCCCCGACACACACACACACACACUCACACACACACACACACACACACACACACUCACUCACUCACGCUUUCUUAGAUAAAGCUGUCCAGUGCACCUUGCAAUGCCUGCAAUAAAGGAGAGUGGAGAAGCUGCUCUCUUAGUUUCAUUUUCACAUAAAGAUGCAUUUGGGGAGCAGUAGAGGUUAAUGUACUUGUUUGGUUUUGUUCUGGAACAGGCUUUCCUGUGUAGCCCAGGCUAACCUCAAACUUGUGAUCUUCUUACCUGUUUUACUUAAAAAAAUUUUCUUUUCAUUAAACCAGUCCAAUACAGACUUUCAUGCUAAUUUAAAAAAAAAAGCUGUCUAUGGGUUUUUAGUUAAAUAAAGAUAUUUUUUAUAUUUCAAAUGUUAAAGACAUCCUUUUGUUAAAAGGUGGUAAAUCUAGACAUUAAAAAGUUUGUGAAAUUUUAUUACUUAUAAUUUAAUCUUUUCCUAAAAUUAUUUUUUCUAAGAAAAAGGCUUUGUACUAAGUAAUAUUCAGUCUUAAUUUUUAAUGAAUUUAAUUUUCUAAUUUGUACUUGUAUUCAACAAUUUGUUUAUAUCGUGCCUCAGAAUGAACUUAUUAAAAGUACAUAAAGGUGAAAAUGAAUAAGUACAUACCUGAGGUUUAGUAAGGAAGUAUCUAAAUCACUAAAUACCCUAACAUUUAUUUGCUCAAUUGUCAUUCCAAAGCCUGCAUGCAUUAUAAUUUGUCUUGUUUUCAUUCUUCUUUUUCUACAUGGCUUUUGUAAUAUAAUUUUAGAAAAUAUACAAAUAUUUUCUAUUGAAAAAUAUUUCAUGUUUGUCAGAGACAUUCACAUGGACUGUAGAGAUCCAACACUAGCUAUACACUGUUAUAAUACCUGUCUUCCUGGCACUGUUGCUAAGGGCAUGCUAUUUAAUUCUCAGAAUGGCCAGAUGAAGGGUAAACUUGUUAUUCCUGUUAAGGAUAUAUGGGUGAGAUAUUGAUGUAGUAGUAUUUCAACUUUGGGGCAUUCAGAGACGUUCCCUUACUGCACUGGUGCUGGAGUUUAACAUUCCCAGCAGUCAUUGUAGUUGGUAUGGAAUUUAUGAGUCACUGUCUGCUUGCUUUUGUAAACUGGGCAUGCAUAUCCUAGAACAAAAGACAGCAGACUAGGCUUUGGAGAACAUUGAUUCAGCUACUAAACACCACCAGCAUUGUAGAACAGCUACCCAGAGAUAGAUAACCCAAGUGUGAUCUCUGGUGUCUCGGUGCUUCUCUCUGUUGCCCCCUACCCACAUGCUUACCCAGAACAUGCUGUUUAUACAGCCACAGUAGUAAGCCUGUGGCAUUUUUCUUUAAGCUUGUAUUACCGACAUUUCCUUGUUUGUCAGUUAAGGAAGCAUAAUUUAUCCAUAAUUCAGAGACCUUCUUUAGAAUUCAAAUAUUAAACAGACAUCUGACCAGUUACUUGCAUUUAACAAGUUGACAGAUUUGUUCAGAUGGUUAUAUUUCUUCUUGUAAAAACUGGCUACAGAUAGGAAUACUAAACAAUGUACUGAUUUUACUUUAGUGUAAAAAUAGAAGACUGUAAAGAAGGCCUAGGAAUUAAGACUACCUCAGGUAGGAUUUGUCAUGGAUAGUAGUAAUAAGUCAAAGAGGGAAUAAUAAAGGCAUCUAUUUCAAUAUUGGGUCAAAUUUUCAGAAUAAAUUGACACUAGGGAAUUAAUUUCAGAAUGCAGAACAGAGCUUGUUUGACUAUAGUUUGCAUAUUUAAAGUGGAAGACAGCUAAGAUUGUGUUGAAGUAAACCAAAUGUGUUUUUUUUUGUUUGUUUUUGUUUAAGGCAGGGUCUUUAGCCCAGAUUCUCCUCUAACUUGCUGUGUAGCUGAGGGUAACCUUGACACUCUUAUCUUCCACCUACUGAGUACUAGGCUCCUGUAUCAGUAUGCCCAGUUCAUGUAGUGCUUAGGUUGAACUUAGGGCAGCUUCAGUCAUGUGAGGCAGGCACUCUGCCACCUGAGCUCUUUUUCAGGAAUGAAAAUUUGUACUGCGUAAGGGACUCAGUGCCAACCUAUUUGUCAUGAAAGCAUGAAGACCUGAGUUCAAAUCCUCAGAACCUAUAUAAAGACCGGAUGCAUGGUAGAACAUGCCUGUAAUUCCAUUACCCCUCACAAGAGAGGAGGCUGAGGGAAUCACUCCAGGAAGCUCUGCCUACCAGUUUGUGUGGUGGACAGAAUAGCAGCAAACAAGACCCUGCUGCACACAAGGUGCAGAGCAAAGACUGAUACCUGUUCUCACUUCAGCACUGGAGCAGAGGCAUGCACACACACAUGUGCACACACACACACAUGCAGAUUUAAUUUUAAAAAAUCAUUUGAAGGUUUAUUUCUUAUUUUUUUAUUUAAAUUUGUCAUUGACUUGUUAAAACAUGACCAAAAUUCUUUCCUUUUUCAUAUAAAGUUGACUUUAGUAUUACUGAAAGUAACAAAUCACUUAAGCUGUAACGAUGACUGGCUGGGAAGUCCUGUGUCCUGAAUCAGUUAUAAACAUAGUUCCUGGAACUCCCUUAAAUAAUAAAAUGCCUUAUGACCGACGCCUGAUUUAAAUGAACCUGAAGUUCUAGAGAUUUUAGUCUUGCUGAAUUGACCGUGGUUUGUCCAGGCUCUCUGGAAAAAGUAAAUUUGUAUGUAGUUUCACUGCGAGGUUAGCUUGUAAAAAAGACUCAGUGACUACAUGCUUACAUUAUGUCUUGUAAAAGGAUGAGGGGAACAAAAAGUGGGUGGCUCUGAUGUCGAAGGUGUCACAUUAAGAUGUAUAUACACACACUUUUUUUUUUCAAAUAUGUCAUCUAGUUUGACAUAGAUGCUGCUUUUUCUUUCUUUCCUUUAUUUAUUUUAGGCUUACUAUCUGCUUUAAGAAAUUAGGCAACAGUGUCUCUAGGAGUGGAUACUAAAUAAUGAUAGAAAGAAAGCCAGGAAUGAUGGCACACACCUGUAAUCUCCGCACCCAACAGGCAAAAGCAGAAAGAUCUCGAGUCUGAGGCCAGGGCUGCAUGAUCAGAUGCUGUCUUAAAAAAAGAAAACACGAAAGAGGAGUCUUGUUAUAAAGCUGUAAAGCCAGUCUCACCAUAUCAAUGUGUUUAUUAGCUAUUAGACUAUUAAGUAAGACUAUAAAAAUGAAUAAAUAUUCCUUACGUGUGAUUGGGGAACUUCUCAACAGAAAAAAUGCUCAGAUUUAACAUCUAAAAGUAUUAUACUUACUUUAUUUUUAUAUUAACAAUAUUUUUAUAUUACAGGCCUUUAGUAUAUUAAAAUCAUCUUUUAAGUGUGAACACUAUUAUCCUGUAUUACAUUAUGUGAUGUAUGUAUAAGUCAGACUAGAGGUUUGCGCAGUCUCUUGUCCUUUCUUAUUAAUGUGUUUCUAUUUCCACAAAAUUGAAUAUAUCAGUAUCUGAUAUAAAUUUUCACAUUUUAAAAUACUGUUAUAAAAACUAAGAUUAAAUUUAUCUCUUUAUUAGAAUGUACUAAUAUUGUAAAAUCAUACAAUAACAUUUCAGUGUCUUCAAACAGCAACAUUUCUCCAUUAAGAGUCUUCCUAUCAAAAGUUCAAUUCAAAUCCUGUUUUUAAGUAUGAGAUGGGAAUGAUUGUUCUAAACGUGCAUUUUAACAGAAACUUCAGAAAUGGCAUUCAUCAGUCAACGGUCAUAAGAUACUGCUAAUGUUACUGGAAACAUUAAUGUGCUAUGUCAUUUGUAAAGUGACCAGCACUAUAACUAUAACCUUUACUCCAUGGACAUGAUGUAGGGGGUUGAAGAAUGGCUCCAGAGGCUUAUAUUUGAAUGGUCAGUUCCCAGUUGAUGGAACUGUUUGGGAAGGAUUUAGGAGGUGUGGUCUUGUUGGGAGUAUGUCACUGUGAGCUGGCUUUUUAUUUUGAAAAGCCCACACCAUUUCCAGUUGGCUCUCACUGCCUCUGGGUUGUUUCAAGAUGUGAGCUGUCAGCUACUGCUCCAGUGCCAUACCUGCUUGCCUGUGCUGUAUCCCUCUGCCAUGAUGAUCACGGAUUCUAAACCCCUCAAAUUGUAAGCCCAAAAUAAAUUUUUUCUUCUAGUUGCCUUGGUUGUGGCGUCUUACCACAAGAGAAAAGUAACUAAGACACGCAAUUCCCUAGUUCCUCACUAGUUUCCCUUGCUGAUGUAUGACUGCCUACGAAGUUCACAGUGUUGUCAUUUAGAAUCAGGUUGGUGGUGGCCCACACAGUUUUGGCAGGCACAGUCUCUGAAAUAAUAAAAGGUUGCUAGAGUUGCUGCGAGCUGAUAUCUGGAUUCAUAUUUGAGAUAGAGAAAGUGAGUGAGACUUCUGCUUUAUGAGAUACUACAUCCAUGUUUAAAAAGAAAACACACAUGUUAGCACUUCUAAGUGAUAAAAGCAGAAGAUACUCCAGAGGGAGCAAUAGAAUUUAAAAUAGUAUCUAAUUAGAUGUUAAAAUAAUUAUCCUACCUGAAAUAUUAAUUCCACAGCUAUUUAGGAAUAUAUU